CGUGGCUCCAGUGAUGAAUAGAGAACUGUGGCGCGGUGCAUUGUGGUCAUUCAUAGCUCCCGUUGGCUCACACUCUGCAAAAUGGCGACGUCCCUGGGAUCCAACACCUACAACAGACAGAAUUGGGAAGAUGCGGAUUUUCCGAUUCUCUGUCAGACAUGUUUGGGUGAAAAUCCUUACAUCCGAAUGACCAAAGAGAAGUAUGGAAAAGAAUGCAAAAUUUGUGCACGGCCCUUCACUGUGUUCCGAUGGUGCCCUGGAACUCGAAUGCGUUUCAAGAAAACAGAAGUCUGUCAGACUUGCAGUAAAAUGAAAAAUGUUUGUCAGACAUGUUUACUUGACUUGGAAUAUGGUUUGCCCAUUCAGGUCCGAGACACUGGGCUUUCUGUUAAGGAUGAUGUUCCGCGGUCAGAUGUGAACAAAGAGUACUACACUCAAAACAUGGAGAGAGAGAUAGCCAAUUCUGAUGGCACACGUCCAGUGGGCCAGUUGGGCAAGGCCACAAGCUCCAGUGAUAUGCUGCUGAAACUGGCUCGCACCACACCAUAUUACAAGAGGAACCGACCCCACAUCUGCUCCUUCUGGGUGAAGGGCGAGUGUAAAAGAGGGGAGGAGUGUCCCUAUAGGCAUGAGAAGCCCACAGAUCCUGAUGACCCUCUUGCAGACCAGAACAUCAAGGAUCGUUACUAUGGUAUUAAUGAUCCAGUAGCAAAUAAACUGCUGCAAAGAGCUUCAACUAUGCCCCGGUUAGACCCACCAGAUGACAAGUCCAUCACAACCCUUUACAUUGGAGGUUUGGGAGAUACUGUCACAGAUGGAGACCUCAAGAGUCACUUUUACCAGUUUGGCGAGAUCCGCACUAUAACAAUAGUCCAGAGGCAGCAGUGCGCAUUCAUUCAGUUUGCCACCCGGUCGGCAGCUGAGUCAGCAGCUGAGAAGUCAUUUAACAAACUGAUUAUAAACGGAAGAAGGCUGACUGUCAAGUGGGGAAAGUCACAAGCAGCGAGAGGAAAGGAGGGAGUUAAAGACGGUGUCAGUGAGAUGGGCACAAGACUUGACCCUGUCCCUGGACUUCCUGGCGCUCUUCCUCCACCACCUGCAAUGGAUGAAGAGGCUCCUGCAAAUUACUUCAACCUGGACCCGAGCACUUCCUCUGCUGUCAUGAACAUUACUCUGCCCCCACCACCUGGUAUAAACCCACCUCCUCCAGGAUUUGGACCUCCCAUGUUCCACCCCAUGGGUCACAUGGCUCCACCCAUGCCCCCUCCGAUGAGCAUGAGACCUCCUGGUCAAAUUCACUAUCCCUCCCAGGAUCCUCUGCGAAUGGGUGCACACGCUGCACUUAGCAGCCACCAUACUGAGUAGCGGUUAAAGUGACAUUGUGCUACAAUGACUUUCUUAUUGUUUUUCUCCAUCCUGGUAAAGGGGUUGUCUGCUGAUGGCGACAGCCCGUCCCCAAACCUUGAUAUAACUUCUGGAAGAAAUUGGUAGUAUAAGAAAAAAAAACAUUUUCUUUCAGAGAGACAGUGAUUUAUUUUGCCAUCUGCAGUGGAACAAAAACCCUGCAGUGCCAUUGUCUCAUUAUGCAGAGAUAAUAUCCAGGGUGUUAUGUGAUUACUUCCUCAUUGUUAUAAAGUUAAAACAUACACAGCAUUGCAUUUUUCUUUUGCAAAUGAAAAUAAUGACAUCAAAUAAAAGGGCUUUUUUAAUGGACUUUUGCAGUUGGAGCCAUUGUACAUACAAAGUGUAGAGUCUAGACUUAGUCUCAUGUUUGGCAGAAAGCCCAAAGCAUCCAAGUGAAUUGUUAAGUUUUUAAAAAACAUUUUCAGUUGCAAUUUUGUUUUUAUUUGAUAUGAUGUUCAUAUUCCAACACCUUAACACUUUCUUAUUUUUAGUUUUCUUUGUACGAUGUUUUCACUUGACAUUAAAGUGACUCAGUUUUGUCAUUAA